AUGGCCGAGCCGAGGAAAGUACCGUUCGUCACCAUCUCCUCCUUCAGCACGUCGCCGACAGCAGCCCCGGAGACCGGCAAGAAGCGCCGCCGCGAAGAUGAGGCCGCCGACAUCACUUUUGGGAAAGAUGGAGGUGGAAGUGCCGCGGCGGUCGGGUCAGGAGGUGGCGGAGGUCCUUUCGGGAAAGGAGGCGACGCAGAAACCGGGGAGGUGAAGCCGACAGUCCGCCUCAUCCUGCCGCUGUCCGAGCCCAGCGACCGGGGCUCCUCCGAGUUCAACUACGGAGAGCUGCUGAGCUCAACUCUUUCUCAGGUAAAGCAUGCAGGUUCAACAGUCCCGAAAGGACUCACUCCUCCACUGGACCCCAACGACCCGUUUGCUGACGACGAUCGGGAGAGACGGGAAGUGGAAGAGCUGGCCAAGAAAUUUGAGAGCAAAUAUGGUGGUGUCUCAAAGAAGAAGAAAAAGGACAGGAUGCAGGAUCUCAUUGACAUCGGCUAUGGCUACGAUGAGACUGACCCGUUCAUUGACAAUUCAGAGGCU